CAGGCGGACUUUAGCACGCAAACAUGAAUCGGACGGACGUGUGCCAAAUAGCUCUCUGCUCUACGUUAAUCGUCUUCGUCGUCGAGUUGCUGUUGCUGACGCUGUUUAGCGGAAUUGUGUUUUCGCCGACGACGCUGACGAUGGCAGGGUCGACGUUGACGACGGCACGGGCGACGCUGACGACGCACAUAAGUGUCGACAAGGUGUGCGACGAGUUACCGACGACACUAGUUGGAAGGAUUUAUGUCAAUAACACAGUUGACGAAAGAUUGACGUGGCAACAGUUGGAGGGUGAAUUAUCGAACGUGCCGUACGGUGGCGAAUGGCGCCCGCAAAAUUCGUCUGCACACUGCUUGCCGCGCCACGUGGUGGCCAUCAUUGUUCCAUAUAUGAGCCGCGAACCUCAGCUACUUGUGUUCUUGCGACACAUUCAUCGCUUUCUACAGCGGCAACAAAUUCACUACUGCAUCUACGUUGUUGAGCAGGCAAACACUACGAAGGAGUUCAACAAGGGGCGAUUGAUGAACGCCGGUUUUGAAGAAGCCAUGCGACAACACCAUUGGUCAUGCGUCAUCUUCCACGAUGUUGAUGUGCUACCCGAAGACGACCGCAACAUAUACCACUGUGACAAUCACUAUGUCCGGCACAUGACGACGGCAGUGGAUCGCUACAAUUACACAGGCGGCUACGCUGCGCACAUGGGCGGAGUGGCCGCGUUCACACCGGAACAAUAUCGAAAGGUCAACGGCUAUAGCAACUUGUUCUGGCUGUGGGGAGGCGAGGACGACGACAUGCAUUUCAGGUUAAAUCACCACAAGAUGCCCGUGAAACGACCACUAGCAAAGUUUGCCACCUACACCACUGUACGCCACGAACACGCGAAGAAGAGCAAGGAUAGUGAAAAGGUGCUGCGUAUGAAGAAGUAUGGCGAUGGUCUUAAGACACUGCGGAACUACAUGACAAUAGUACGCUUUGAAAAGAGACCGCUGUACCACUGGAUUCUCGUUGACGUAGGGCCGUUUACACCAACUAUCAAGACUGCUAACAAAGUUACACGUAAUGUUUCUACGGAUAAUAAAAGUAAGGCUAAACGUAUCCAAAACAAAUCUAAAUCUAUGAAAAAUAACUCAAAGCCCAUCAAAAAUGAUUCCAAAGCUACAAAAAAACGAUCCUGAAGCUAUUAAAAUUUAUUUAAACUCUAACCACUCAGACGCCAAGCCCGCCACCAAUGGCUCUUCAUCUAAAAAGACAUGAUCACUGAAUGAAGAAUAUAUAUGAGUCUGAAUACUUCGUAAUAAGUGGGUAUAUUGUCCGCGUUUGAACUCACAGCCUGAUAUGUUGUGCGAACUACUGGCAAGUGUUUAUGGUUGUCUUUACACAGAAAAACAGAAACAAAUAAAACGGAAUUGUAUACCAUAGGUGGUCAUGUGCAGAUGCAGAGAACAGAGGCAGUAUGGGUCGGUGAAGCCUGCAGAUUAUCUUUUGUCUUUGGGUAAAAUUAUGGGAAGCGUUGAAAAAUCAGAAAUGCACAGAAUUGAUGUACGUAGCCGAGGUUUAUCAGGCGUGAUGCACAGUGCAGCGAAAUCUAAUGGUGUCAGUUUCAAAGCAAUAAGGCAUGCAAGGUUUGAUAGCACGCGAGGCAAAUCAGAACAUCAGCUUUAGGAUACGGAUAUCUCACCUUUGGCGUAUAGUAUGUGUACAAACGUUUUACUUUUCAUUUCACUAGCGGGACCUUUUACGGUGAAUUUUGACGUUGUUUUGAAACCUAUCAUUUCUGCUGCAUUCGGCAGGAUGGGUGGGUCUUUCUGUGUAUUAUGCUGCGGCGGGCCAGGCGAGGCAUGCGAUCGUGAUGUUUAUAGCGAUUUCUCAGCGUGAAAACACAUUAUGAGUUACGCAUAUUCAGUGUAGGCCUACCUCGCACUAUAUUUUUACAAAAAAAACCAUCGUAUAUAUUUGAGCUAACAUAAUAUAUAAAUUGCAUCUUGCAAUUAACGGCAAUUCAGAGUGUAGAAUAAUAUAUUCACAAAAUAACGUAUGCUGAUUUUUGUGAUUUUUUUUAGUUUAAUACAGUCGCUAUUGGAAAAUUAUUUUUGUCUCGGCAAAAAACACGCAGAAAAUCCGUCGUGAUUGCAGAGCGAUUCGUGACACUGUUACGUUAAUAUGUACACUCGUCCGGAACGAAUCUAAUAAUGUCUUUUUGAUAGUAUGCCGUGUUUUGCAUUUCGUGAAUGUGAAAGAUAUGGUCAUUGUAAAAAUAUUUUGUGACUUUCUAUGAGAUUAUCGUAUUUUACAUGUAUACUCCGGGAUUUUAUAGUAAAAAACCCCGUAUAGUCCACUGUGAUUUCGUUGUUAUAUAAGGCUGCGUUUGAUGCAGACCUGUAUUCUAAACAACGGUUGUGUUUGCGUAAUAUGUGCAUGCAUCGUUUCAUUUGAGACGUAAAUGGUGUAAAUAAAUGUAUCUUUGUGUA